CGGUGGCCGUGCGUACUGCUAGUUUAAGAUUCGCUCAUUUCAUAACAACGAACCGUAAAGAAAACAAUGCCUUACUUAAGAAACAAAGGAAAAGAUUGCGAAAAUAAACUUUCGAACUUCUAAACGUUGGCUUCCAGAACUGGUCAUAAAAAAAGGAAGAAAAAAAAUCGAGCAAAACUAUCCUCAAUCCUUCAGGGGAGGCGGCAAACGGGCCAGUACUAGUGGUUGUCGCAACAGACGCACGAACAAACUUAACAUGCGGCCAGUGUGUCUCCCUAGUGCUGUGGUAAGGUGUACAGGCGAUCUCUACUCUGCACUACCUUUUCCUACAACAAGGUCUUAGUGUUCAAGAUGGAGUGGAGUCUGGUAGACUUCGAUACGCUCGGCUGGCUGCUAGGGCCGGGCGCUUCGGAAAACCUCAUUUGUGUUUUGGUGACUUUUCUGAUCGUUACCGUUGUCUCCAAGUGGUGGCUUCCCUUUUGGAAGAUGCCACCAGGUCCGAUGGGCCUGCCAGUGGUUGGUUACCUACCGUGGAUCGAUCCCAAAGCCCCGUACCUGACUUUCUCCAAGAUGGUCGACCGUUACGGGAAAGUUUUCAGCCUGAAGAUGGGAGGGGUCUGGGUGAUUGUCAUGGCUGAUCCCAAAGUUGUCAAGGAUACCUUUAACCUCAAGAGCACAACGGAGAGGGCGCCCCUUUUCUUGACGCACGGAGUCUUCGAAGGAUACGGUCUGAUAUGCUCCGAUGGAUCCCUCUGGAGAGACCACAGGAAAUUCAUCUUAGGGUUCAUGAGGGAUCAGGGGAUGAGGGCGGCGGUUUCCAGGGCGAAUAUGGAACAUCGUAUUCACCUUGUGGCUAAGCAGCUAACGGACGAACUGGCAGAAAACGAAGAACCCGUCGAAAUCAGCGAGAACCUUCUCCACCACGUCGGCAACACCAUGACGGAGCUCAUCUUCGGGAGGAAAUACCCCGAGGACGACCCCAUCUGGCGUUGGCAGCGGUACAUGCUUGACGAAGGAUCCAAACUCAUCGGAGUGGCGGGACCUUUGAACUUCUUGCCUUGGCUCAGGUUCCUACCUAUGUAUCAACGCCUCAUUCGUUUCCUCUGGGACAACCACCACAAAACCCAUUUCCUGUACCAGUUACUCAUCGAAGCCAAAGAGAAACUCCUCUUGAGUCACGGUGGGAUGGAUCACAACAACCAAGAUGAGGAGACGCAGCAGGAGUUUCAGAAAGAAGACGCCGAAAAGAGGUUGCGUUCUCCAGAUGUUGUCGACCUGCCAGAACAAACGAACCAAGGUGAUGAUUUUGAUUGGAAGAGCUACCAGGGGAGAGAUAUCGGGAAGCAUUUUAUGAAGACCCUGGAGACGAGCAUCAACAUCGAGGACCUCAAGGAAGAACUCGAGAAGCAAGACAGAGUCCAGAAGGACGCAGUUGUCGAUAAGGAUUUUAUCCCACAUAACGUCGUUGAGGCUUAUCUGAAGGAGCGAUCAGAGCGCGGCGAUGACGUCGGCACCUUCACCUACAAGCAGCUGCGACACGUGAGCGGCGACCUCUUCGGCGCUGGGACGGAAACGACCAUUACCACGCUCAGGUGGCACCUGCUCAACAUGGCGCUCUUCCCGGAAGUGCAGAAACGGGUCCAGAAAGAAUUGGACGAGUUCGCCGGUGGGGCAGACCACGUGCCCCUUGACCAUUCUUCGCGAUUGCCCUACACUCAAGCAUCCAUCAUGGAAACGCAGAGACUCCGGAGCAUGGUGCCCCUAGGGGUACCUCACGGGUCGUCUGAGGACCUGACGAUUGAAGGCUACCACGUGCCCGCCGGAGCCAUGCUCCUCCCUCUCCUGUGGUUCAUCCACCGAGAUCCCGAAAACUGGAAUAACCCUGAGGAAUACAUUCCAGAAAGAUUCCUGGACCAGGAAGGAAACGUCAUUCGGAAUCAUCCCGCCUUUAUGCCGUUCCAGACCGGACGUCGCGUGUGCAUAGGGGACGAGUUCGCCAAGAUGAUCCUCUUCGUUUUCACGUCCAGGAUUUUGCUCAAAUUCCGAGUGAGUCUGGAAAACAAGGAUCCAGAAGACGAUCCGGCAAAAGAUCCAGUCUGUGGGCUCACACUCACGCCUAGGCCUUGCAAUCUGAUCUUUACGAGAAGGAUGUAGAAUGACCAAAGUAUUUUCUUUGUAUCGAGGAUCAACAAUCUGAGAUUGUCGUUUUAUCCAGAAAAUACGAGUAUUUUUGUGAUUGUAGUAGAUGCGAAUUUCAUUAUCUUUUACAGUGUAGUACUGUAACUGUGGCACUGAUGAAUAUUACGGAGAUUUAUUUUGUUUGUGUAGAACAAAACACCUGUCCAGUUAAGUUAAUAAAAUGUAAUGAAACUGU